UUUUGCUGGUGGGAUUUUCUCCAAAACUGGUCUGAGGUCCUCCCCAUCUAUAUUGAAGGCAUUGUCUAAUGUCUUGUCUGAUUAGGUUAGUGGAACACUAAAGAUCUUAAUCCCAAGUGUUAGUGUUCAUAGGGAGCGAGACGUCGUCCGACUCAAAGCAAGUUGUCGCCAGUAGAUGUGCUAGAGUUUGUAAGUGUCGAUUAGGAGACGCUACACUUAGUUUAACUUGAGUCAGGUGCGUAGGGGAAUUUCUACCACAAUACUCAGCUUUAUAUUUCUUUGACGGAAUGCAUAGUUGAUAUAAAAUAUUGGAUGACUAGUAACUUUCUACUCAUUUACGAUGAACUCAAAGUGGCAAAAAAAACCAAAACAAUCAAGCAAUGUAAGUUGUCAUGGCAUGUGGCAUCCAAAUUGUGGAAAGGCUGCUCACUGAAGAGCCAAUCUGUUGUACUUUUCCUUCCAUAUGAGCACAAUGUUCACGUACACCGUGUAUAUCGCCACUGGCAAACAGGAGUUUGCUGGGACAAUUGAUUAUGUUUACCUCACGCUGGUGGGCACGGAGAGAUGCAGUGACCGAACCCUACUGGACAAAUCCUUCUUUGAUCGUUUUGCAAGAGGAUCGGUCAUGUCCUUUGAUGUCAGUGUGAAGGAGACCCUUGGACAUAUUGUACUGGUGAAAUUUGAGAAGAAGAAACUCUUGUUCAAUGAUCAGUGGUACUGUAGAAAUAUCAAUGUGACGUCACCCUCUGGAGACUGCUUCGACUUCCCCUGUUAUCGCUGGAUAGGGAAUGAAAAGGAAGUGGUUCUCCAAGAAGGCAUGGCUCGAUUGCCUCAGGAUGAUCAAACCAGUUUGCUAAAAGAGCACAGGCGCUCUGAACUGCAAUCCAGACAACAACUGUUUAGGUUUGAUCCCACAGUUACAAUCCUGGAAAAUAUUCAAUCAUUUGGUGGUCAUUUUGGAUUUUUUUGUUUGUUUUACAGUUUACAUUUACAGUUUAAAGGGGACCUAUAACGCCCAUUUCACAAGAUGUAAUAUAAGUCUCUGGUGUUCCCAGAAUGUGUCUGUGAAGUUUCAGCUCAAAAUCCCCCACAGAUCAUUUAUUAUAGCUUGUCAUAUUUGCCCCUAUUUGGGUGUGAGCAAAAACACGCCGUUUUUGUGUGUGUCCCUUUAAAUGCAAAUGAGCUGCUGCUCCUGCCCCCUUUCCAGAAGAGGGCGGAGCUUUAACAGCUCAACAACAACAAAGCUGGAGAAUCUCACGCAGCCAAAAUGAGGAUUGUCAGUAACGGUGUUCAGCCUUACAUUGUUCAAACCGGAGUCGACACUGAUGGAGAGACUCAGGAAGAAGUUACAACUUUUAGACGUUUCUGAAUGGUGGAAGGAGUGGCGCCCUGGUUUCCCCAUGAGCAUAGAUGCCAACUCAGGCACUGACCUUUAUUUGGACAUUAAGUUUGAUGUAGCAAAAACUGUGGACUUCGAUUUGAAUUACCUUAAAGCGAUUGAGAAUCUUGGUCUUAACAAACUUAUAAGCUUGUUCCAGUCCUCUUGGAUGGAUAUUGCAGAUUUUGGAAAAAUAUUUUUGAAUAUCAAGAACCCUGUGUCAGAAUAUGUGAUGCAGAACUGGAAUGAGGACUUCAUGUUUGGCUAUCAGUUCUUAAACGGCUGCAAUCCUGUGAUGAUCAGUAAGUGCAUGAAUCUUCCAGACAAGUUCGCAGUCACACAGGAGAUGGUGCAGGGCUCCCUGGAUAGAGGUCUCACACUACAGAAAGAAUUAAAGGCAGGAAACAUCUACAUCGCAGACUAUGCGAUACUGGAGGGAGUGCAAGCCAAUGCCACAGACCCGAAUACCCAGCAGUAUUUGGCUGCUCCCUUCUGCCUGUUGUACAAGAACAGCCAGAAUGAAAUCAUUCCAAUUGCUAUUCAGCUCAGUCGUCAGUCCACUGCUGGGGAGGGGAACACUGUCUUUCUCCCAAACGAUAAUCAGUACGAUUGGAUGCUAGCCAAGAUGUGGGUGAAAUCCUCAGACUUUAACGUACACCAGCUGGUCACGCACCUUCUCAGGACACAUCUGAUAUCUGAAGUUUUUGCCAUAGCCAUGUACAGACAGCUCGCUGCGGUCCAUCCGGUAUACAAGUUACUGAUACCUCAUGUCCAUUUCACCAUUGCCAUCAACACUGCGGCUCGUGAAAAUCUCAUCUGUGAAUCUGGGCUCUUUGACAAGGCUAAUAGCACUGGUGGAACUGCAAUUGUGGAAGUGGUUCAAAAGGCCAUGAAGACUUUAACCUAUAAGUCCUUGUGCUUCCCUGAGGCCAUGAAAGCUCGAGGAGUGGAAGAUCUGCCCAACUACUACUACAGAGAUGAUGGCAUGAUGGUCUGGGAGGCAAUGAAAAGUUUUGUUUCUGAUGUGGUGAAGAUCUACUAUGGCAGUGAUGAGACCGUUCAGGAAGACAAGGAGAUUCAAGCAUUUGUUAAGGAUGUUUGCUUUGGUAUGAAGAAUUGUCCGAAGAAUUGUGAGUUUCCGGAUUCCCUGAAAACUCGGGAGCAGUUGGUCGAGUUCCUGACUGUUGUGAUUUUCACAGCUUCAGCACAACACGCUGCAGUCAACUUUGGACAGUAUGACUGGUUCGCCUGGGUCCCAAACAGCCCUUCCACCAUGCGGAAGCCCCCUCCCACACAGAAGGGCCAGGUGGAUAUGAAGUACAUCAUGGAGAGUCUGCCGGACCGCGGACGUUCCUGUUGGCAUCUCGGAGCAGUUUGGGCCCUCAGUCGGUUCCAGGACAACGAGCUGUUUUUAGGAGAGUAUCCAGAUAUGUACUUCACUGAACAACCGGUCAUGGAAGCCAUUGAAAAUUUCCGCAAGAAAUUAGCUGAAGUGACCAACAUCAUAAAGAGCCGAAAUAAAAAUCUGAAAGUGCCCUAUUGCUAUCUGUCUCCAGACCAAAUCCCCAACAGUGUGGCCAUCUAAGAGUUUGCAAACCCUGUUUGUAGCAAUUUUAGCCAGUUUAUAGAGAAAAGGCAGAGAAAAACUUAACUGGGCUAUUUCACAACAUGACACAAUCAACAAAAUAAUUGCUAUAGUAACUGUAAGGAUUUUAGUGCAAAUGCUAAUCUGGAUGAAAAUAAUACAAAGUUAUAUAUACCAAGAAAUGAAUGUCUACACAAAAUAAAAACAAAUAAAUGUGCAAGUUUUUGUAUUCAAUUACAUUUUUAUAAUCAUUAGCC